AUGCCAUCUGCCAAUCGACCCACCGAAGAAUCGCUCCAGAAGAAGGCGGAACGCUUUCGCGCAGAGAUCAAAUCAUUCCCAGUAUGUCUUGUCACUGGAGGAGCAGGUUAUAUCGGCUCGCACACGGUCCUCGAGUUACUUAAUGCAGGUGUCGCUGUGGUUGUAAUCGACAACUUGUGCAACAGCCACAUGGAGUCUCUGUAUCGUGUACACUACAUUGCUCGAACCGAGUCUCAGCGUCUCCAGCAGAAUGGCAAUGUCUUUGAGUUCUGGCAGUCUGACGAGAUCCAUGCUGAGAGGGCUGUAUUCCCUGUGAGCGUCGGCGAGGUCUCUGCGAACAAGGCUUAUCCAAUGCUCGACUAUACGUUGAACCCAGCAAAGAGAGCUCAACCAAGUCCGCAGACCAAAGAUCCAUCCGCUUGGGGCAGGAUCACUGCUGUCAUCCACUUCGUCGCCCUCAAGGCUGUAGGGGAAUCCAUCACGAAGCCUCUGGAGUACUACGAGAACAAUGUUGCUGCACUUGUAGUCUUGCUCAAAGCCAUGAAGGCUCAUGCUAUCAAUGUUCUCAUCUUCUCCUCGAGCGCUGUGGUCUACGGUCUUGGCCACGAGGCUGGAAUCACAGAGGAAACUGUUCAAGUUGCUGGCAAAGGCUCUGGAGGCGGAUUGCUCACCAAUCCCUAUGGACGCUCCAAGUGGAUGUCAGAGGAGAUUAUCAACGAUUACUGCGGUACACCAAACAACAUUGUGCCUGUGAUCCUUCAGGCAUAUCAACGUCGUCGCAGCCGCGUUCAUGUAUUUGGCUCCAACUACGACACUUCGGAUGGCACGGGUGUUCGUGAUUACAUCCACGUCAGCGAUCUCGCCAUGGGUCAUCUGGCAGCACUACGCAAAGCGACAAGGCAGCCUGAUCCAGUACCUGAGGGCGAAGAGCUCGAUGGUCAGGAUCCAGUCUCUAACUACAAUGUCUACAACCUGGGCACAGGUCGAGGAUACUCUGUGCUCGAGAUCAUCAAGGCUUUCAGCAAUGCAGCCGGCACAGCUAUCCCCUUUACCGUCGGCGAAGCACGCGCAGGAGACCUCGGCACCGUGACCGCCUCCCCCGACAAAGCAGCCUCCGAUCUCGACUGGCGCGCCGAGUUCGACCUCCAAGACAUGUGCCGUGACGUCUUCAACUGGGCUGCCGCCAACCCCACCGGCUACGAGACCCUUCGCCGCUUGUCCACCAUGUCCGGCAUGAACAGCCAAGAGAUGCGCCGCCGAUCCGUUGCCACCGGCCUCUUCGACCGCGAAGAAGACUUUGACAACUUCAUCAGCACGUCGCUCAACUCCAUCGACAACAACAACACCAGCAAAGACAGCAGUGGCCGUCGCGUGUCGCAACACGGUGCUAACUUUAGCAACAUGCUCAAGAAGAUACGAUCGGCGUCCCAUAGCAGUGCUGUCAGUGAUGGCGACAAUCCGUUUGGCGGCAACUAUGCUUUGUCGAGCAGCCCUGGUCAUGGAGCUAGUGGGGCUCCGAGAUUUGCAAUGACUUGGGGUGAAGCACACAAGACGGCUACUAUUUCUGAGGGAGAGGAGGAGGAGGAUGUGGAUCUGGGACCUACUCUUAGUCCCUCGACGAGUAGGACGCUGUCGUUGCCGAUGAGGUCGAAGUGA